CGUCACCACGGCCCCGCCCACCAGUCCAGCUCCCCUUUCCCAAGAUGGCGGCGUCCCUGGCUGCUGGGCGGUGCUGAGGGACCCGCCGCCCCCGGGACGCAGCGCGCGGAGAGCGGGGCGCAGCACCCCAACGCAGGAUUGGACGUCACCCCGGCACGUUUCCAGCUCAAUGCAGAGACUGAAGAUCUCCUUACGGGGAGAAGAUCAGUGAUGUGACGGAGUGAGGGCAAAGGCAAGGCCAGCGGAACUCCUCAAUGGAAACUCCCUUCUCUUCAUUUUGCACCCAGCCCCCUCAUAGGUCAUCCUUACAGGGUGUGGGACUCCAUCCUGAGAAGCACGGAUGCUGAAAAAGAUUUGGGGGUUGUGGUGGAUAAUCAGCUGAACCACCAGCUAGAGACACCACCUGGCACUGCUUGUGGGGGAGGACAGCUCUCCCCUGACAUCAUGAUCCGGAGACUCCUGGACCGGCCCUGCACCUUGGCCCUGCUCAUUGGCUUCCAGUUUGCCUUCAUGGUGUACUUCUCCUUUGGCGGCUUCCGGAACCUGACCUCCAUCUUCGGGCGUGACUUGAACCCCGUCUUCGACUACUCCCGCACUCGGGAUGUAUACACCAACCUGAGUCACCUCCUACCCCACCCACCUCCAGGCAGCAGCCCCAUGGGGUCCCUGCCCUACUGCCCUGAGCACUCACCCUACCUCAUUGGCCCCCUGACUGUGAGCUUCAGUCAGGUGCCGACGCUGAAGCAGAUCGUGGAGAAGAACCCAGCGGUGAGGGAAGGGGGCAGAUACCGGCCCGUGACCUGCGAGCCCCGCUCCCGUACCGCUGUGAUCAUCCCCCACCGCAACCGAGAGACACACCUGCGCCACCUGCUCUACUACCUGCACCCCUUCCUGCAGCGCCAGCAGCUGCAGUACGGCAUCUAUGUCAUCCACCAGGCUGGGAACUCCACCUUCAACCGGGCCAAGCUGCUGAACGUGGGGGUGAAGGAGGCUCUGAGGGACGAGGAGUGGGACUGCCUCUUCCUGCACGACGUUGACCUCAUCCCCGAGAAUGACCACAACCUGUACACCUGUGACCCCUGGAGCCCCAAGCACGUCUCCAUCGCCAUGAACAAGUUCGGCUACAGCCUCCCAUAUGCCCAGUACUUCGGCGGCGUGUCAGCGCUCACCCCAAAUCAGUAUCUGAAAAUGAAUGGUUUCCCCAAUGAGUACUGGGGCUGGGGUGGGGAGGACGACGACAUCGCCACCAGGGUGCGUCUGGCUGGCAUGAAGAUCUUGCGCCCCCCCAUAUCGGUUGGCCACUACAAGAUGGUGAAGCACAAAGGUGACCAGGGCAACGAGGAGAACCCGCACCGGUUUGACCUGCUGAUCCGGACGCAGAGGAUGUGGACACAGGAUGGUAUGAACUCGCUCAUCUACACGCUGCUGGCCAAGGAGCUGCACCCCCUGUACACCAACAUCACUGCUGACAUUGGAACCAACCCCCGGGUGCUGAAGGGCAGGAAGGGGUCUGUGCCCGGCUUCGGGGGGCAGAAAUACAAGACUGGGACCAACCAUGAGUUCAGGCAGGAGAUGCUGCGCAAAACACAUCCUGCCAAGCUACCCUGGCCCAUGGCAAACUGGGUGGAGCAGCCCCCACCCCUGCCCCAGAGGUCUGGACAGGAGGCUGGCCGGGGAGCGCCCACAGCCCCCGCCACACAGAGUGAGGGGCCUGGAGCUGCAGCAGGCCAGCUAGGGGGCAGGGAAGGGGCUGCAUGGGACAGCACCCAGAGGAAGGCCCAGGGGGGAGCUGUGGACAGCUCUGGGUCUCAGCACGGAGCAGGAGCCCCUUGGCACAGUGGAGCUGCUCAGGGCACCCAGCAGAGUCUCAGCAUCCUUCCACAGAGCCCUGAUGCAUUGCAGCACAGCCAGGAGACCUUGGGCAAGGGGAAGCCUGAGUCUGGGGCAAUGGAUUUGGGUGGGGCUGAGAAUGCAGGGGGCAGUGCCCCAGAGGCCCUGGCACAAGGGCAGCUCCCCAAGGGCCCCCAGACACAGUGGGACAAUCAGACCUUCUGGCAGAGCACCCUCUAACCAGAGGGCCCUGGACAUCAGGCAUGGGGUGGGGCAGCGACAGAUUCACUGUGUGAGGUGGGCCCUUCCCAGCUCCUGGAACAAACCCCAUGGAUCACAGUGAACUGGAGGCCCUGGCCCUGUGCUGCUCCCAAGUGCUAGGCUGGGCUGAGAGGCCUGGCACCCAGGGGUUCCUUCCCAGGCCAGGAGAGGACAAGUCUGCAGGGUGGGCCCUGUGUGAGUGGAGUCUGGUAGGUCUUGGGCCUGUUCACAGUGGGAUAGGGCCCAUCAGCUGGCUUGUUCCUACGGCUGGCACCUUUGUCUGCGGACUCAGCACAGGCUGGGGCUGGGAGUCCCCCAGGCUAGCCUAUUGCUGGCUGUGUCAGCCCAGGGAACCAGCCUGCUGGGGCAGUACCUGGUAUCACAGGAGGCAGUGGGUAAUUUCCAGAAAAGGGGCCAAGCAGGUUGUGCUUGUAUCUGCUGCACCUUUGUAAUGGGGCCCUAACCCAUGCGUGUGGUUACAGUGGGUCCUCCUGUUGGGCCCUGCAGGGGGAACGGCUGCAAUCAGUUCCGCAUGCUGCAAGGGAGAAGCAGGUGCUCUGGUGCCUCCAGUACAGCAGUGCUCCCCCUUCCCCUCCCCCCCACCUGGGGGCUCUAGCAUCCUGUUGCCAGGGGGUGUUCGAGCCAAGCGCUGUUCACUAGCUGUAGUAGGCUCUUACUGAGCCCAGGCGCCCUGCCCCCCUUGUGGUCAUGUCCUCAAGGGAACUGAGACUCCUGGAGCCUCAACCCUUCCCCUCCUGAGGACAAGCUGAGCCCAAAUCCCUGUGCUGUAGGGGGGGCAAGCUCAUGUCUUCCCCCCAGACUAGUGCCCUUUCCCGAGCCUAGCCCCUGCAACUGGGGGCCUAGGACUUCCUGGGCUGUACUGGAGAAAGCCUGCAUCUGACCAGCCUGCCUGGGCCAAUCGUGAACUGCAACAGGGCCCCUGGCUGCUGACAGCACCCACUGCUCUGUGUGGCUCUGGGCAUUGUGUGGAGCUGGUGGCAGGGCUUUGUCCCUGAAAGGGGUGUUGCAGUGCGCCCCAGCCAGGCUGCUGAGUGGGGCACUGAGAUUGGGAGGAGGUUGGGCUCAGCUCUGACCCUUUUCCCUGGAGCUGUUACCCUUUGGUGCUGGAUUUACACACCACAUUGGUCUCCUGCUGCUGCGUUAAUCCUCUGCAGGUGGGAGGCAGGCCCUGUGCCCUGAGGGGAAGCACGCCUGGAGGUGGGCAGCACUGCUCUCCCAUGGGAGGGUGGGGAGAGGGGGACUUGCCUUCCUCCUUUCCUGGGGGCUAGUACUCACCUUGUGCCUGACCUGGCCCUGGCUGCUCUCAAGCUGGGGAGCUGCUAGCCUGUGCCUGGCUGCCCUGCUUGGGUAUGUAGGAGCCAGGGCAUUCAGCACCAGCAGCCUCCAUUGUAUGUAGCUGUGCCCUUGGCAGAGCCUGUUCAGGCUACAGCAGCCAUGGCAGGAGCAGAGCUAGUCCUGCUGCUUGGAGCUGCAGGGAGAGGAACCCCCUGCCUGGGAUUCCAGGUGGAGCUUUUCCCCUCCCCUGUGCUCUGGGCACUAGUGCCUGGCCAGCCAUAAGCCCAGGGCACCACCAGGCACAGAGGGUGCCAGCUGCUGCUGCAGGCCCAGCUUAUACCAGCUAGAAGGCCUCCAGGCAGCACCUUCCCCAGCACUGAAUUUGCUUUAAGGGAGUAGACUGUGCUUAGCAUAAGCUGGGCAGGUCCCAUCCCCUCACCCCAGAACAAUUUGUGACCUAGGGGGCUACAUCUAGCCCCCACCCCCAUGGCAGUUUGGAGAGCCCAGAGGCUGAUCCUCCUCUAGCUGUUGACAAUUUUCUGUGGUUAUUUAUUUAGGAAUGUGCUCGUCAUGCCUGGCUGCAGCUGCACCAUGCAGGAGCUGAAUAAAACGUUUAGUCCUA